UUCUUGCUUUAUUACCUAAUUUAGCAAUUGAUUUAGCGAAAAUUUUUAAACGCAUUGAAUUUGAAUUUACAAAAAUCAAUUUAUUUACAUUUGAAGCCGUAAAUACAAAGGUUAUACUUGAUGAAGUUCUUAAACGAAGGAUCGAAACUGAACAACCGAACCAAUCGAUGCAAAUCGAAACAAUAACAACUACAAAUCCGUUUGAUAAUGAUACAGAAUUAGACGAUUAUCGAAAAUUAUUCAUCGUACCCAGAUUAGAAGAACUUCUAUCUGGAAGCCGGCCAAUUCUUCAAAAAAAUAUCAUUGAUGGAGUUUACGAUAAUCCUCAACACUAUCUCAAUAUUCAUUUUCGUCUAUUACAUGAAGAUUUUAUUGGUCCAUUACGUGAAGGCAUUCAACAGUAUUUGUCUGGAUCACAACGUAGAAAUUAUAAUAUACACAUCUAUGAAAAUGUUUAUUCAUACGGCUCAAAAUUAAAUCCUCGUUCUGGUAUUGUUUACGAUCUUUGUUUGGAUAGACAAAGGGUAUCGAGAAUAUCGUGGGCAAAUAGUCGACGAUUAAUAUAUGGAAAUUUAUUGGUAUUAAGUAAUGAUAAUUUUCAAACAUAUACAUUUGUAACGAUUGACAGUCGAGACCAGAUUGAGCGGACAUUCUGUAUUUCUGUACGAAAACUUGAAAAUAUCAAUAAUUGCAAUCAAGGUCAAAUUGAUCUUGAUGAAAUUGAUUCUUCUCGUCCAUUAACAAUAAUUGAAACAGCAAUUUAUUUUGAAGCAUAUCGACCAAUUCUCAAUGUUUUACAAACAAUUCCUAUUGAUCAAACAUUUCCUCUCGAACCCUUUAUUUUAAAAUUAAAUAAUGAAAAUAUUCCACCGAAUUAUGUUACUUCAACGACAACAUAUGAUUUUACUCCACUUCUUAUCGAACCGAAAUCAAAAGUCAAAGGCGUUUUCACUAUCGAUAAAACAGAACUAAUUCAAGUUGGUCGUUUUCGGUUUCGACGUUACAUACGACGAAUACUUAGCAAAAAAUUUCAUAUAGACUAUCCACAAUCAGAUCUAGUUCCAGAAAAAUAUAAAUCAGUUAAUAUAUUAGAUACUAAUCAAUGGCCAACAAGCGAUGAAUUACAUCUAAAUCCGAAACAACACGAAGCAUUGAUGUCAGCAUUAACACGUAAAGUAGCACUUAUACAAGGCCCACCCGGUACUGGUAAAACAUAUCUUGGUGUACGAAUAGUAGAAAUGCUACUGCAUAAUCGAUCCGUUUGGUGCCCAUCAUCUGAGCAAUCGACGCCUAUUUUAUUGAUCUGUCAAACAAAUCAUGCUCUUGAUCAAUUUCUCGAACUAAUUAAAAAUCGGCUGAACCUAACCGAAGGUAUUAUCCGCGUUGGUAGUCGAUGUAAAAAUAAAGCCAUCGAACCAUUUUUUCUAUCGAAUGCACGUAAAUGUGCUCGUAAUAAUCGUUCUAUACCGGACCGUAUCUAUCAUCAAAAACAACCCACACUUGUGAAAAAGUUUGCAUGCGAUGCAAGUCUUAAACAAGCAAAUUAUAAAAUCGAGCAGUCUCGAUCAAAUAUUCUUCCAUUUUCAUCCUUCAUCAACUAUGAUAUUAUUAAUCUGAGACAUUUUCCAUCUUUAUAUGCUUCGGACGAAGAAGGUUUUGUUGAAACGGGUAUGUUGAAUUGGCUUGGUCUUAAUGAUGAUUACGCAAAUUAUUCAGAAGAAGCACACCAAACAGAAACAUAUGAAAAUAAACAAUUCACCAAGAAUGUUGAUUGUAUUGAGCAGAAUGAAGAAGAAGAAGAGGAAGAACGACGUCGAGAUGAAAUUGAAUUAAAUGAUGACUAUUUCGGUUCACCGAUUUUUAAUAAAUCAGAAACAAGAGAUUCAAAGAAAAUGACUGGUGAAAAAAUAGUAUCGAUGAAUGGGAAUGAAUACGAAAGACACGGUGUUACAAAAAAGCCUUAUAAUUAUAAUCAAGUAGUCCGAUUAAUUCUUGAACAUCCAACUACACUGACUGACGAAACGGUUCAGCAGCUUCCGGAUGAUAUUUGGGAAUUAACGAUCAAUUAUCGAUAUGAUUUAUAUCGUUAUUGGCUUUUAAAAUAUCAGAACCAUUAUCAUAAUUCUAUUCGUAAUGCUCGACAGGAAUAUGAUAAAAUUAUAAGGAAACUUGCUAAACAUUAUCAAAACGAAGAUUAUUAUAUUCUUAAAGAUAGUCUUAUUGUCGCUAUGACAACAACAUGUGCAGCUAAAUAUCAUGGAGUUUUAAAAAAACUUCAAAAUAAAAUUGUUAUUGUUGAAGAAGCAGCAGCAAUCUUCGAAGCACAUAUUAUUACUGCAUUGACUUCCAAAUGUGAACAUUUAAUAUUAAUUGGUGAUCAUAUACAAUUACGACCAAGUCCAAAUGUUUAUCAUCUCGGUGUAAAAUAUCAUCUCGAUGUGUCUUUAUUCGAACGAUUUGUUAGAAAUAAUUUUCCUAGUGUUCGAUUAAAUAUUCAGCAUCGUAUGAGACCAGAAAUUUCACAUGUAAUGAAACAUUUCUACGAUGAUUUGGAAGAUCAUGAAAGUGUACUUACAGAACGACCGGACAUUCGUGGUGUAGAAAAUAGUGUUUUCUUUAUCAGCCAUGAUCAUAUGGAAAUGAAUGUCGAUGAUGGAAGUUCGAAACGAAAUGAAUUUGAAGCGAGAUAUAUUGUUGAACUCGCAAAAUAUUUCAUAAAACAAGGUUAUCGACCAGAUCAAAUCACUAUAUUAGUCAUGUAUGUUGGUCAACGACAAUGUAUAGCUAAACUAGCUAAACCAGUGGAACUUCUUGAAGGAGUUCGUAUUAUGGUGACGGAUAAUUAUCAAGGAGAAGAGAAUGAUAUUAUUUUAUUAUCAUUAGUACGAAGUAAUGCUGAAAAAAGGAUCGGAUUUCUUGCAAUUCAUAAUCGAAUAUGUGUGGCUUUAUCUCGCGCACGUUGUGGUCUUUUUGUUAUUGGUAAUAUGAAUUUGUUAGCAGAGGUCGAAGAUAUGUGGAAGAAAAUUGUCGGUUCAUUAGCUGAAAGAAAUGCAAUCGGUCAAGGGUUAACUUUAUCAUGCCACCAACAUCCUGAAGAGAAAUUUAUCGCUGAUACACCAAAAUCGUUUGAGAAGCGGCCCAGAGGAGGUUGUAAUAAACUGUGUAUGAUCCGCUUGAAAUGUGGUCAUUCAUGUGAAUCAGUGUGUCAUAACGAUGAUAUCGAACAUAUGAAAGUUGUUUGUCGUAAAAGAUGCAUUGAUCGGUUACCAUGUAACCAUCAAUGCAUGAAAAGUUGUCAUUAUUCGAAUCCGACUCAACAUUAUCCAUGUCGGCUUCUCGUUGAAAAAACUAUCACAGAAUGUGGUCACAAAAUAAAAUAUCGAUGUAGAGAAACACCGACUGUUCAAGAUUGUCAAGAGCUAACUUUAAAACAUCUUGUCUGUAAUCAUGUUGUAGAACUUCCAUGUAAUACUGCUUCGUCUGUCAAAAAAUUAGAACGCUUCUCUUGUCCAAUAUCGUGCAAUGAUAUACUAGCAUGUGGACAUAAAUGUAGAGGCACAUGUGGUCAAUGUCGAUCAAAACGUUUACAUAUUCCAUGUGAAGAAAAAUGUACACGUAAAUUAAUCUGCUCACAUGCUUGCAAAGCAUCAUGCACGGCGAAUUGUCUACCUUGUACACGCAACUGUGAAACAUUCUGUGUUCAUUCAAAAUGCCCAAAGCAAUGUAGUGACCCAUGUCCACCAUGUCGAAAGCCAUGCAUGUAUAAAUGCAAACAUUCUCGAUGUACUCGUUUAUGUUCAGAACCGUGUAAUCGUGAACCAUGUGAUAAGCGAUGUGAUAUAAAACUGGAAUGUGGCCAUUAUUGCAUUGGUAUUUGCGGUGAACCAUGUCCAAAACAAUGUCGAAUUUGUGACAAAAGUGUCGUUCAAGAAAUAUUUUUUGGUAGAGAAAACAAGCCCAAUGCAUGCUUUGUUCUAUUACCGGAUUGUAAACAUUUGAUUGAAGUAAUAGGACUCGAUAAAUGGGUAUUUGAUUCAAUCAAUAAUUCAACAGAUAGUAAAAAAAUUCGUUUUCCUGAAUGUCCUCGAUGCAAAACUCAAAUUCGUAAAUUUCAUAAACAAUAUCGAAACUUUUCUGAACAACAAAUUCAAGAUAUUCAAUCUGAAUUCGAACGUAUUCGUUGUGUGAUUAUUUUCGAAAUAUUUGUCGCUUUAUUGAAACAACAAAAUCCAAAACGUGAUUUAAAACCAAAUGAAAUAGAUUCAAUUGAAACUAUCAAAAAGCUUGUUAGAAAGUCGAGUCGUUUUACGGAAAUUAAUAAGAAAGAGUUUUACUAUGAAAUAGAAAAAGUUAAACAUUUAAAUAAUAUACCUGGAUUGGGAAUUAAUGAACGAAAAGCAAUUGUUACUGCAUGA